GGCCGCCUCCCCCUCCCCGCAGCCUCCCUUAAAUACUAUGGGGCCGUAGCUGCGACGGGCGCCGCUGCCGAGCGCACCAUGCGGGCUGUCAUCGCCUUGGCCGCGGCGCUGGGCAGUCUGCUGCUGGGAGGCUGCCUCCUGCGCCUGGGCGGCCAGCAGCCCCUCCGCGCCAGGGGCUGGCAGGAGGACGCAGGAGGAGCGGCUGUCACGCCGAAAGUGGUGCGAGCCCUCAGGUCUCCCCUGACGCCCCUUCCUCACACCGAGAACAGAACAACUCAUAAUAAAAAUGGAAUUUACCAGUUUGAACAGGCUUCAAAAUGUAAGGCAAUUCAGGACAACAUUUUGUCAUCAUCUAUCAAGAAGAAAAGAUACUCAGAAGAUUAUUAUCUUCACAUAGUCACAAAACUGCAGAACUGCACCUGGGUAAGGAAACCAGAAGAAUCUACAAAAUUCAGGUCAGAAUUAACUUCCUGCUGUGAUGCAGUUCACAAUUUUAUUGCUUCUCAAAACAACAGCCCACUGGGAAGUAACAUGAGUUAUGAAGUGGACAGUAAAAAGACUAUUCUCAUUACACAGGACAUUUUUAAGAUGCUGCCUGUGUCCUCUCCUCUUUCAGUCUAUCCCUUCAAGAACUGUGCUGUGGUUGGAAAUGGAGGCAUUCUGAAAAAUUCCAGCUGUGGAGCUGAAAUCGAUAGUUCUGACUUUGUGUUCAGGUGCAACCUCCCUCCAACCACAGGAAACAUUAGCAAAGAUGUUGGCAAUAAAACAAACCUUGUGACUGUUAAUCCAAGUAUCAUUGCUCAGAAAUACAACAAGCUAAAUGAAAAGAAGACCGAAUUUCUGGAAAACAUUGCGGUCUAUGGAGAUGCUUUUCUUUUACUGCCGGCAUUUUCCUUCAGAAGCAACACAGCCACUUCUUUUAAAGUAUACCACACUCUGAAAGAGUCCAAAGCAGCCCAAAGGGCAAUAUUUUUUCACCCCACUUAUCUGAAAAGUCUUGCCCAGUUCUGGAGAACUAAGGGUGUGAAGGCCUACCGGUUGUCAUCUGGUUUUAUGAUCACUAGUGCUGCCCUUGAGCUGUGUGAGAAUGUGAAGCUCUAUGGCUUCUGGCCUUUCUCAAAAUCCACAGAGAAGAUGCCAAUCAGCCACCACUAUUAUGACAACCAGCUGCCUAAACCAGGUUUCCAUGCAAUGCCCAAAGAAUACAACCAGAUCCUUCAGCUUCAUGGCAAAGGCAUUUUGAAGUUGCAGUUUGGUAAAUGUGAAUCGGAGUAAAAAGGGUGAUGAUCCUAAGGAGACAAUUUGUGUAUAUUCCAGCAGUUCGGUCUUGGAUUUGAUCUGAUGUGAUUUUGUGAGCAUUAAACUGCAUAUAAUACAGUUCUACAAUAGUGCUACAAUAGAGAAAUAUUUUACGCUUGGGAAGAAAAGGGAGUGAUUUUUUCACACAGUGACUGCUACAUUUAAAAAGUUUUGAGUGAUCAUUUUUUAAAAUACAAAGCAACAAUUAUUUGAAAAAUUCUGAAAUUCCUUUCUGCUGGUUUAAUGGUAGCAAAGCACAAUCUCAGGAUGGUGGCAAUAUGUGACAUUCAUCAUGUUUUGCUUCUAGAGGAUCAUUAAAAUAUUUUGACAUAAGAUCUCUGGUUUUGUUGAUAUCACAGUAUAGGCAAUAGUCUCUGUAUGGUGGCUGCAUGAGUUGGCAGUGAACGUUUUCAAUUAAGAACUUCAUCCUGUAAAUACUGGCAUUUUUCUACAUGAGAGAAGUGAUGAGAAGAGCUGCAGAGGAAUAAUUAAUUCAGAGCCAUGUCAUUCUUAGUUUGUCCCAGGGUGCACAGAUGAGAAAAUCCCUCAGGUCAGAGGUAGUUAAGUGGUUUAUGGGCUUUCAUUCUGUGGGCAGUAAGUAGUGCUGUGGAUUUAAUGGGCUUUCAUUUUGUGAGCAAUAGAUGAUGCUGUGGAUUUAAUGGGAUCACUCAUAUGAGUGAUGUUAAUUCUGAGAACACAUACAUGAAAAACCAGAGCUUUAUAAUUAUUUAUAAACCACUCUGCUUGCUUAUGUUCCUGUCUAAGGUCCUGUUCAGCUCCAAAUGAGGACUGUGAACCUCAGUUCCACACUACAGUCCCCAGAGUCCUGGUAGGGCAUGACUUUGCACACAUUAUUGCUAUUCUAGUUCUGUGUCUUGGCUCAUACAUGAGAUGGAAUUUCCAUUAGAAAGAUGAUGGGUACCAAGCCUAUAAUUCAAUUUCUUUUCAUGUAAUAAAGCUUGUAUUCAUAUGUGACUACAGACAGUGAAACUGCACUAAGCAUUAUUAGAAGAAUGUUCCUCUUGCCAUCAACCCCAAGCUCCUCUACACCAGGAUGUAUGAGAAAACUGACUACAUUCAAUAUAUUCAAUGACUAUAUCCAAUUUAUAACCUGUGCGUAGUUCUUUAAGUUUUCCAUAUGGUCCAAGAAUACAUGUGGAGCAACAUCCUGCAGCAAGAGAAAGUGAAAUAUCAGCCCAGUGGAAAGAAUCCUUUUAACAUUUACAGGAGCUUUGACAAGCAGUUGUACCCUAACUAUUACUGCUUAUAUGCUUAUACAUUCUACUGCAGAAAAAGAAACCCAAUCAAGCAAGCAAACAAAAUUUAAAAAUUGUAAUAACCAGAUUCUGAUAAGAGUUUCACUGACUCUUUUGAGAGUCUGAAUGGUCAGUUCAAAGAUAGAGUGUCCUUCUUUUACACUCAGAUACCAUCAAGUAUUUUGUUUAGUAAAAUUCCUUUUGCUGCUGCAACAUUAAAUCCCAAAUCAACUGAUUUAAAGAGCAUUCAGUAUUCCACUCAUUGAGGAUUAUAUCUGCAAAAAAAAAAUCCUACUUAAAUGAAUUGGACCUUACAAAACAAGGUUCAGAAAAGCCUUUUAAAUUUAUACUUUGUAAGAGCAUUACUGUAUUGUAAUGCAGUAAUGCUUACCUUGCAGCAGUUUUAUAAUCACAUAAACACUCCUGGAAGUAUUAGAAUCAAUCAUUGUGGUUACAGGUCUGUUGAUUGAGACACAUUCAGCAUCUGGAUCCAUUUCCAGGAAUAAUGAUAUCAGAAUCCAGUAUUACUCCUACCCAAGCAGAAGUGUGCAUAAAUUCUGACUGCAAAUAUGAGCAAUAAAGUCCAUUUUUGAAAAUAAGGGUAAAAAUACAUAAUGCUUUGAGGCAAUAACUGAUGCCACUAAUACACAUGUAGACCUCUGAGCGUCAGUAGAGCUUUGAACAGAAACAAAGACAGCAGAAUUGAGCUGAUGAGUCUCUCUGCAUUACCAGCUGGUAACUGGAAGAGGGGAGCACAGGGGUUUGAUUUUUUGUGAUCUGUUCUAGUUACAACAUCACAAUCCACAGUUUUUGUUCCCCAGCUGUGAGAUUUUUACCAUUUUCUGACCACAGUAUCUGCUGCUCAUGUACAGAGAGCUGGCUGCUGAAAGAACCUGCACCCACAUUAUGAGUGUUAUGGAUGAUUGCCUAUUGCAACAUCCUAGUUAUAGAUCAAAGACAAAUUUGCUCACAAAAGAGCAGCUCCUCUGCUAUAAAUCACUCACGUGGAGUGUUUUUAAUAGAAGCUGUGCAAAGUGAUGUAUUUGUCCUUUGGGUGAUGCAAACAGCUGAGGUUGAGGGCAGUCUUGCUGCGUUUCAUCCAGGCAGACAAAGGCACACCUGUGUUCAUGUGAGGACUGUAACAUACUCCAGUCUAGUGUAGAGCAGUGGGGUGAUCUUGGCUGUGUAGCAGCUACAUGGUUUGUCUUGGGGGAAGUUCAUACAUCUUUUGCAGGUUCUUCCAUAGUAUCCAGAACAAUUG